GUUUACUUUGCUCGUCUUCUCGUUUUUCCAAACAGCUUUUUGACGAAGGCUUGGUGAAUCCCUCCGGUUCCGAGUUUUUUUUUUUUUUUUAACUCUGUCAGCGGAGAAACGCUGAAAACAUUGACUCAAAGAAAUGGAUGAUGAACCUGAAAGAACCAAACGGUGGGAAGGGGGUUAUGAAAGAACAUGGGAAGUUCUUAAAGAAGAUGAAUCUGGAUCAUUAAAAGCGUCUAUAGAAGAUAUUCUCUUUAAGGCCAAGAGAAAAAGAACUUUUGAACAUCAUGGACAAGUUCGACUUGGGAUGAUGCGUCACCUGUAUGUAGUAGUAGAUGGAUCAAGAACAAUGGAAGAUCAAGAUUUAAAACCUAAUAGAUUAACAUGUACCUUAAAGUUACUGGAAUAUUUUGUUGAAGAAUAUUUUGAUCAAAAUCCUAUAAGCCAGAUUGGCAUUGUUGUAACUAAGAGUAAAAGAGCUGAAAAACUGACUGAACUUUCAGGAAAUCCAAGGAAACAUAUAACGGCUCUAAAAAAAGCUGUAGAUAUGACCUGCCUAGGAGAGCCUUCACUAUAUAAUGCCUUAAAUUUAGCCACCCAAACAUUAAAGCACAUGCCAGGACAUACAAGCCGAGAAGUUUUAGUAAUACUCAGCAGCCUAACAACAUGUGAUCCCUCAAAUAUAUAUGAACUAAUAAAGUCCUUAAAAUCUGCUAAGAUCAGAGUGUCUGUUAUUGGUCUUUCUGCUGAAGUUCGAGUAUGCACUGUGCUUGCCAGAGAAACUGGUGGAACUUACCAUGUUAUUUUAGACGAAAGCCAUUAUAAGGAACUCCUGAUGCAUCAUGUCAGUCCACCACCAGCCAGUUCUAGUUCUGAAAGUUCUCUUAUUCGAAUGGGCUUUCCUCAGCACACAAUUGCACUAAUGGCUGACCAAGAUGCAAAACCAUCUUUUAGCAUGGCGCAUCUGGAAAACAGCAAUGACCCAGGCCUUACACUAGGAGGAUAUUUCUGUCCCCAGUGUAGAGCCAAAUAUUGUGAGCUCCCUGUGGAAUGCAAAGUGUGUGGGCUUACACUAGUGUCUGCACCACAUCUGGCUCGAUCUUACCAUCACCUAUUUCCUUUGGAUGCCUUUGAGGAAGUCCCAGUGGAGCAGUAUAGGGGGGAAAGGUAUUGUCAGGGAUGCCAGGGAGAAAUCAGAGAUCAACAUGUCUACAUUUGUAAAGUCUGUCAUAGUGCAUUUUGUGUUGAAUGUGAUCUUUUUGCUCAUGAUACCUUGCACUGCUGUCCAGGUUGCAUUCACAGCCAUCCUGGUCCUCCCUGCAUUUGAUGCCUCUGAUUAAAUAUUUCUUCUUGUACAUUCCUCUGAGCAGAGAAUCCUCACCAGUUAUUGAACAUUGUCAAUAAAUUAAGUUAAAGAGAAAGAUAAGGAAGAUGAGUCAGCUGGAGGCGUAUCUAAAUAUGAAUCUGCGCACCCAUUCUAUGAUGUAUUUAAUGGAGACAUAAUUCUCUGUGUUACAUGUAUUUGUUUUUGAUAAUGUUCUUUUGUAAUAAUAUGGAAUAAUGUGCCAAAUAUAUCUUGAAAGUAUUAAACUGGAUGUCUGCACUUAAAAUAUGAAUCUUAUUUAUAUAUUGCUUUUCUUAAAUAUAAUUUUUGAAAUUAUAAAAGCUAUAAUCUGACACUUAAUUGGAAAUACUUCAUGGCAUUUAUUUUUAUGUACCUGUGUAUUAUGUCUCUGGGACGCAGUGGCUCAGUGGCUAAGAUGCUGAGCUUGUUGAUCAGAAGGUCAGCAGUUCAAAUCCCUAGCGCCACAUAAUGGCGUGAGCUCCUGUUAGUUGUCCUAGCUUUUGCCAACCUAGCAGUUCAAAAGCAGGUAAAAAAUGCAAGUAGAAAAAUAGGGAUCAGUUCGGUGAGAAGGUAACAGCACUCUGUGCGCCUUCAGCGUUUAGUCAUGCUGGCCACAUGACCAUGGAGACGUCUUCGGACAGCGCUGGCUCCUCGGAUUAGAAACAGAGAUGAGCACCGCCCGCUAGAGCCAGAAACGACUAGCACAUAUGUGCGGGGGAGCCUUUACCUUUAUAUUAUGUCUGAAUUUACAGAACAUGAAGCUUCUAUUCUGUGAUAGCCCCCUGUGUAUCCUAGCUUCCUUUGUCCAUUCCAUUAAGGGUAAGGAAAAGUUGAGACUGAUUCCAGAUAAUUAGUUUUCUUCCAUGUCAAUAAUUUUAAAGUACUAUGUAUUUUGCUGUAACAUUGUUUACAAUUUAAAGAUGAAAAUUUACAAAUGUCCAACUCUUCUUUAGCUUCCAUAGGCAGAAGAGAAAGCUGCUCUCCAUAAGCACAAGAUCUAUUUAAAGUAAUUUUUCUAUGCAGAAUUUUUUAUUAGAGAUGUGAUUGUAAUUAGUGAGACUUGGAAUAUAAUUUUAAAAAUUACUCUUAAAUCUGUUAACAAGUUCUGCUAAUAUCUAGAGUAAAGGUUGACUCUCCAAUGACAUCCAAAGCAACUCAUUAUGAUACUAAAAUGAUGACAUAUGUGAUUAUGUAAUUAUUAUGUAUAAUGUGAACUUAAGGUCAAUGUAUUUAAUGAUCCUGCCUCUUAUUUUCCCCCCAGCAACUCUGUUGGGCUGAGAGAAAGUGACUGGCCCUAAGGCAGGUCUAGAACUAAUAGUCUCCUAGUUUCUAAGCAGCACCUUAAUCACUACACCAAACCUGGCUCUCAUAGAAAUUGUGUAUUUAUAUAUUUACAUCAAACAUCUGGCUUAUGUAUGUAAAUUGGGGCAGUUGCAUUAUUACAUUUCUGCAAAUGUGUAUUAAUUUGCUCCUCCACCUGCAGACACUUUCGUUGCUUUGUUUCAGUCAUACCUUUAGCUAUAGUUUUAGCAGCAAAGCAGAUGAUUAUUUGCAGAAAUGUGUCCUCUUAAUUUUUUAUUGUAAUUUAUCUAAUCAUAUGUUCUGAAUAUAAAAAAUAAAAUCUAAAUAUGUUUUAUUUUCAUUUGGCA